UGUUCUCUGAACAUCUCCUAGUUGGCGUGUCGUUCUCAGGAUUAACAUGAUGCUCUGGAAAGAAGGGGGAAUACCGUUACGUUGGCGACCUCUUCGUUUUUUAAAACUAGCUACCUAACUACCUUUAGUAACAUUUUAAACAAUAACGUGAAACUCUGAAAAGGAGAGGAUAAGGUCUGUGGACUGGAUGCAUGUGCUGGAUGUUUUUCAUCUGAGAUGUUGAAUCAUUGACAUUGUGGUAGGGGAUGUGCCGGAUGGUGCCAUGUGCCGGAUAGUGACUGAGAACCAUGAAGCCCUCACACAAGCUGCUGUUCGUCCUGUGCCUCAUACUGGUUUUGGGCUUCAUCUUCAACUUCUCUGGGAAGCUGCACCAGCGCGUAUGGGGCCAGAAGCCACAGAUUGAAUUGGAGCCCACACUCAUAGUCCCGAAUAUUACUCAAAGCACGACAGAGAUUGAAUUGGAGCCCACACUCAUAGUCCCGAGUAAAGGUCAAAGCACGACAGAGUUGGAAGCUGACAUUGCUCUCACCGUGGGACGAACAGUGGUCUCAGAGUAUGAUAAGCAGGGCUUUCUACAGAAGCUGGACGUGAAGUUGCCGGCGGAGUUGGCCCACCAGUAUGGCAACCUCACCGAGGGAGUUUGCAAGCCUGGUUACGCGGCGGCAAUGAUGACCGCCAUCUAUCCAAAGUUCAUGAAACCGGCUCCCAUGUUCCUUGACCGGAACUUCAAGCGCUUGGCCAAAGUCAGCAAUUACAUGCCUCCGUUUGGAUUCAAAACUCAAGAAAGGAUCAUAGACAUUAUUCUAACUAUCACAAAAAACUACGGGCUGGGUGAAGACCUUGAUAGUUUAAGUUGUAGAAGAUGUGUUAUUGUGGGCAACGGUGGAAUCCUGGCCAACAAGUCUCUGGGUCCCCGCAUAGAUGAAUAUGACGUUGUGGUGAGGUUAAACGAGGCUCCGGUCACUGGUUUCAGUAAGGACGUGGGCACCAAGACCACCAUGCGCAUCACCUACCCAGAGGGGGCCAUGCAGAAGCCAGAGCGCUACGAGAAGGACUCGCUCUUCGUCUUCUCUGCCUUCAAGCCACUGGACUUCAAGUGGCUCAAACACAUGGUCUUCAAUGAGAAACUGCGGGGUACAGAGGGCUUCUGGAAGUCUGUGGCCCGCCAUGUCCCCAGGGAACCCACAGAGAUGCGCAUCCUGAACCCCUACUUCAUCCAGGAGGCUGCCUUCCAGUUCAUCGGCCUGCCGCUCAACAACGGCCUGAUGGGGAAAGGGAACAUUCCAACCCUCGGAACGGUUGCCAUUACAAUGGCGCUUCAUAACUGUGACGAAGUGGCGGUGGCCGGCUUCGGGUAUGACAUGAACAAGCCCUACCUCCCCCUGCACUACUACGAGAAGGUCAAGAUGUCUGCCAUCAAAGAGUCGUGGACACACAACAUAUCCAAGGAGAAGGAGUUCCUGCGCAAGCUGGUGAAGGCCAAGGUCAUCACUGACCUGACCAACGGGAUCUGACUCUAACCCUCACACAGGUUUGCCUUUUCCCAGAACUACAGAACAGAGGACGCUGGGUACGAACCUGGGUGGUGGUGGCACAAGGACCCUUAAACCCCCUCCCCCAGGAGGUCUGCACACUGCCUGAGUUUUUCUUUGGAGGAUAUGUAGGUGGACGGCUUGGUGGAGAGAUGCACACACGUGCCUUCUGACCCACAGGCUCUCUGACACCAGGGGGGACAUUGUGCCUGGAUCCAACCUCUUUACCCGACAGUCAACGGACGAUUCGACAACCGCGUUUACGCUUCAGUACCCCUGCCUGAGUGGACGAGCAGCGUGGAUGAGGAUGAAGAGUGACAGCGCGGGAGAGGGACAGAGGGACGGGACAGUCACAGUAGUGCCAAACGUACCUCGUUACACAGGAGGGAGGAGACGCCCUCCCUCUCUACUGCCUGAAUGUAUUAACUCUCACAGUGUAAAGUGCAAAGAUUUAUACCGUGCUUUUUAACAAGCUGCAGCCACCCUCCCCAUUGUCCGUGGUCUCGUUACGGCCCACACAGUCAAGCAUCCCUCCGUCCAGGCUUCCUCUGGUACGCAUCCCCUCAACACUACACGAGGACGGUUGGAAAGGUCCACGUGACAUAAAUACGGUAAUACAGUGGUAUAAUGUCAUGGUAUUACUGUUUGUGUACUACAGUGUUUACUGCAGAGUUAUUUGCAGUGUGCACUGUAAUAUACAGGGAAGGUAGUGUUCUGGCCGAUGUUACUGUGGUAUUCACUCUCUGUUUAAUCUUUGACAUAGAUAAGUCAUUGUCGAUGCCACAGGAUUCACUCUGAAAGACCUAAUGACCAUGUAGUUGGGGUGGGAGUUUGAAUGGAUAGUACUGCUUCUGUGACCUGUAGGGAAUGCAGUAGGGUCCAUACUUUGGAUGGAGGUUUCCAACCCACGAGUGCACAUGUCUGGACAUUGUGAGUGCAAAGGAAGUACUGUACCCUGGUCAAACGAGUGUGGACAGUUUAUACAAAUUGAAGCUCUACACAAUGAGAGGGUUCUGCGGUGAGUACAGUGAUAUAGUUUACGGCAUAAUUGUAUAGCUGGCAACUUAAACCAUUGUUAAUGGUCUGGAGUACAGUUAUCUACAUUAUGCUGGCAAGGACUAUAGUUUAAUACUGUAGUAUUGCAGUAUGGUAGAAAGCAUAAUUGGGGAAUACUUCAGUGGUGGUCAAAACUGUAGUAUUUAUAGUAUUGUUUUUUUCAUGUGGGGGCCUUUUCUAAACCUCAACUCUCGCAGUCAUCUUGUUUAUAUCAGCACACUUUAUUGAAGCCACCCUGUGGUUUUUAAAUUUUCAGAUUUUAAAAUCCAGGAAGACAAGAAAGCAAAAAUAUUAUUUUUAAUUAUUUAUUAAUAAGAUUUGGCUCCGAAUUGGUGUGCCUGUUUCAGUUGUUUUCUCAAUGAUUUACUUUCGGUUAUGUAGUCAUUGAUGAGCCCCCAGUAUUUUCAUAGUAUCUGGUCAACUUUCAGAUGAAGUCCUAACAAAUCAGUAGUGUUACAGAAGACUGCGCUUUUGCAGUACUAAAAAAAAAAAAUCCUACUAUUGCAGUAAAAUAACCAUUAAAGGAAUAUUGGGAUGUUUUAGUAAAAAAAACAAUCUUUUAAUAUUAACACAAAUAUUACAUAUUUUAGAAGGUUGCAGUCAGUCUGAUGGUGUUAAAACAUUAAUCCAUCUUUAAAAAUGUUUUCCCUGUUUUGGUUUUUAUGUUGGUAAUGUGAUAUGAGAAGCUGACUGGUGCCAAGUGUCUCUGCUAAAAGCCCAUUUAGUAAUUUGUUACAGUUCAAACAGUGUUUAGGAGUUGCUCUGUUGGUUUAGUGUUUUGAGAUGAGACGCCACGCUUUGAUUACAUCCUCCUUUGCCAUUUCCCUCUUCAUCAGGAAUGUCAGUGUAUUUUAUUUUAUUUUGAAACUGAAUACGAUUAUCAGUGUUUAUAUGAAAAUGGUGGAUUUUUAAUUCACGUGAGUGGUAUUUUUUUGUACCUUUUUUGAUGAUAAUUUGGUGGCUCUUGUUGCUUUAUUUUUCCUGCUUUUAUGGAGCGUCUGACAUGACCGAUGUAUUCAUUUUUCUGUUUGUCAUUCAGCAUUUAGGGUUGUGUUCAUUGGGCAAAUCAAUAGAAGAACAUGCACUAAAACAUUUAUUUUUGCCAAGACCUCAAAUUCCAAAUGAAAGUGUUUCCUUUGUGUGAUCAAAUGAACACAACCCCUUUUGAAAGGCCUCGCUGUUAGGCUCCAUCAACAAAAAUUGCUCCCUUGUGUUUUUAUCCAAAGAAGAACAAGGAGGAAUAACUCUGACCAUGUUUAACGAAACUGUUCAGCCUUUCAGGCAUGGGUCCCAGCAUACGACUCACUGCGAAGGUACAACAAACAGCUAACCAAUGCCCAGUACACUGUAGGAGCCCUGGCUCACGCCACCAGCCCAAGGUCUGAUCAAGUACAAUAUCAUGCUGGGAACAAGGUGACCCUACAUGUUUUGCUCUCUUCACAGGGUUGGAGUCGGUUCCAUAUCACACAGUUUAGUGUCUUUAUAUAUAUAUAUAUAU